CUCUCUGUGCAGCUCGUUUGUGCUGCCUUCCGGACCACUCACUGCAGCACUGUUCCUUUUCUAACAAUAAUAAUUAUUAUUAUCGGUUUGUCUCGUAAUUUACACCUCAGUAUACCAUUUUUUAGCAAAGCCAAAGAACUACUCAGGUUGUUGUAUCUAUGUAGUGAAUGUUAAUAGCGCUAUUGCACCUAAAACUACUAAUAAAAUGUAUAAUUUGCAUUGAUUCAAUAUUAAGUACAAAAAUUACAGAAAUGUUUAGGGCUCGACUUUGUUGCUUCCUACUUUUAGGCAGUGUGAUAAGUUUUAGCAAUGGAUUCUAUGUUCCUGGUGUGGCACCUGUGGAGUUUAAGAAAGGCCAAAGAAUUGAAGUGAAAGCAGUCAAAAUGACGAGUAUACAUACACAACUUCCAUACGAGUAUUACUCUUUGCCAUUUUGUUUGCCAAAGAAUGGAACGUUUGUUUAUAAAUCUGAAAAUCUUGGUGAAGUGUUGAGAGGGGACCGCAUUGUAAAUACACCUUACGAAGUUCACAUGGCUGAGAAUGUCAAGUGCCGGCUUCUUUGCCAUCACAAAAAUAAUCCAAUAAACUGGAGCGUAGAAGAGUCUGAGAAGGUUGCAAGUCGUAUUGAGCGGGAAUAUUUUGUGCAUUUAUUAGUUGACAACUUACCCAUUGCAACUAGAGUGAUCGACCCUGAAUCAAUGGAAAAGGUAAUAGAACAAGGCUACCGGCUCGGAUUCAUGUCGAGAGGAAAAGCGUACAUAAAUAACCAUUUGAAAUUGUCUCUCAAAUAUCAUAAACAUAGUCAAGAUUCAUACAGAGUUGUAGGAUUUGAAGUUGACACAUUCUCAGUUGACAAAGAUGAGCUAAAAUUUGUUGACGAUUCUUGUACAUUCCCUGCAGUAGAUACUAAACCACAACUGGUAAAUGAAGACACAGGAACUAAAUUAUAUUUCACAUAUUCCGUUGAAUGGGGAGAAUCCGACGUGAGUUGGGCAUCAAGAUGGGACAUUUAUUUAGAUAUGAAAGAUGUCCAAAUACAUUGGUUUUCGAUUGUCAACUCCAUUGUUGUUUUAUUUUUUUUAUCAGGAAUCUUGACAAUGAUUAUGGUUCGAACAUUAAGAAGGGACAUUGCACGAUACAAUUCCGACGAAAGUCUGGAUGACAUGAUGGAGGAAACAGGCUGGAAAUUAGUGCACGGAGAUGUCUUUAGGCCACCUCCAAAAAGGAUGCUGUUUGCUGCUGUGAUUGGCAGUGGUAUUCAAGUAUUCUUAAUGGCUUUAAUUACGAUAUUCAUUGCUAUGCUUGGUAUGUUGUCACCUGCAAGUAGAGGCGCGUUAAUGACGGCAGCCAUUUUCCUCUAUGUGUUCAUGGGGCUCAUCGCCGGUUACUACUCUGCACGCUUGUACAAUACCAUGAAAGGGAAACAAUGGAAGCAAGCAGCGUUCCUAACGGCUACACUCUAUCCAGCUAUUGUGUUUGGCACAUGCUUCUUUUUAAAUUUCUUCCUAGUGGGAAAACAUUCCAGUGGUGCAGUGCCAUUUUCGACUAUGAUGGCUUUAUUGUGCCUGUGGUUCUGCAUAUCUCUACCAUUAGUGUAUUUGGGCUAUUAUUUCGGAUGCCGUAAGCAACCAUUCCAACAUCCAGUGAGGACUAAUUUUAUUCCAAGAAAAGUGCCAGAGCAAGUUUGGUAUAUGAAUUAUUUUAUAUGCGUUCUGAUGGCCGGUAUUCUUCCAUUUGGUGCUGUCUUCAUUGAACUGUUUUUCAUUUUCAAUGCUCUGUGGGAAAACCAGUUCUAUUACCUAUUUGGAUUUUUGUUCCUAGUAUUUUGGAUUUUGGUGGUUUCCGUGUCACAAAUAUCUAUUGUUAUGGUCUACUUCCAGUUAUGUGGAGAAGACUACCACUGGUGGUGGAAGAGCUUUAUCGUCUCUGGUGGAUCUGCUGUGUAUAUAUUGAUUUACUCAAUAUUUUAUUUCUUCACGAAAUUGGAAAUCACAGAAUUCAUACCCACCUUGCUUUACAUUGGUUAUACAGGUCUCAUGGUUUUGACAUUCUGGCUUCUAACGGGGACAAUAGGAUUUUUCGCAGCAUAUACUUUUAUCAGGAAAAUUUAUGCUGCUGUUAAAAUUGAUUAGUCUCACUAUGUAGGUAAAUGAUAGGAUACUUUACUGGAAUGAAUAAAUACGUUUUAACUGAGUGAACGAAGAACAAAGAUAAUAUUUCGCUGACGCUGACGAAAUGUUUGUGUAAAUAUUGUAAUUCUAUUAGGUGAAGAAUGCAUUUUAUUAGUGAUGUAAUUUGUUACAUACAGACAUUUCACUACUUAGGCGGGCCACAUGCAUACAAACUAGCACUUCAAUGUUUGUUCACAUUUACCUUUAGCUCACUAUACCAGUGCUCCUUUAAUAAAUUUGCUGUACAUUUGGAACAGGGGCGCAGCUGCGAUUCAAAUAAAUACCCAAGUGCUUUUUCAUUGUGUACCUAUAGAUAAUUAAAAAUGCUACGCACCGUCUACACUCUGUAUGUCUAAUGAAAUGUUUUGAGUGUAUAG